CAACUCAAUUCUGUAUGGUACAGCAAGACAGGACGAAAACGUGGUGACAAAAUUGUUAUAUUCUUAAUAUUUAUUAAUUAGUUUUAUCCGUGUACAUUUAAAAAGAAACCAAAAUGGUUGCACAAAAAAAACAGAAAAAGGCUAUGGAAAGCAUCAACUCCAGGCUUGCCUUGGUUAUGAAAUCUGGAAAAUAUGUGUUGGGUAACAAGCAGACUCUAAAGGCAUUAAGGCAAGGAAAAGCAAAGUUAGUUAUAAUUGCUAACAACACUCCACCAUUGAAGAAAAGCGAAAUAGAAUACUAUGCCAUGCUUGCAAAAACAGGUGUUCAUCAUUAUUCAGGAAGCAAUAUUGAACUUGGUACAGCAUGCGGAAAAUAUUUUAGAGUGUGUGCACUCAGUAUCACUGAUCCUGGUGAUUCUGACAUCAUCAGAACAAUGCCUACUGAGCAACAAUAAUUCAAUAAAAACUUUUCUCUAAAUUUGGUUUCCUUUGGUUUUGUGGUUGUGUGAUAAAUACCUUUUAUUCUUUGUAUAAAAUUAUUCUUAACAUUGCAACUACUACCCAAUUGUAAAUGAAUAAGUUGUUAUGUAAAACCUUUGCAUCAUGCAUCUGUAAAUAAAUCGGACUGUGUACCCACCUGAA